AUGGAGGACUGGGAAACCGCACAAGAGACAAUAAAAGCAGAUAUCAAUCAGCUAAAGGACCAAGUAGGUCAAAUCUUGGGGGCCUUGAAGUCCUUAAGGGUUUCAGGAGAAGCUUCAUCAGUAAAGGGUGAGGAAAGCACUCACGACGUUAUUAUUUCUUUUCCAACGUACGGAUUGCCAUCGGGUUACACCACACCUGUUGGAGAAUAUUCAGAGGCUGAACAUGCUUCCCUCUCAUUCCCAAUCAAUACUUCAAGGAAUGAAGCAACUACCUUUGCGGAACCACGAGUGACUGUAAUACUCAAGCCUUUAAACACAACUGUUGGUGAUGACUCUUUGGGCAAGAUUACACCACACCCUACUAUGCAAGCCAUAUUCGUUGAUGUUGAGGGAACCAAAACUAAAUUGGAAAUUUUAGAAGAACGACUACGAGCUAUUGAGGGAGGUGGAAACUAUGGGUUUGGCGAAAUUGCCAGUUUAAGCCUAGUUCGUGAUGUCACAAUACCUCACAAGUUUAAAGUUCCGGAGUUCGAAAAGUAUAAGGGUACCACAUGCCCUAGAAGCCAUCUAACCAUGUAUUGUCGAAAGAUGGCUGCCUAUGCUUAUGAUGACAAAUUGCUAAUCCACUUCUUCCAAGACAGUUUGGCUGGGGUAGCAUUGAGUUGGUAUACACACUUGGAAGCGUCUCACAUUUGUUCUUGGAUGGAUUUGGUAGAUGCCUUUUUGAAACAGUACAAGUAUAACAUGGAUAUUGCACCAGAUCGGUUGCAAUUACAAAACAUGGCCAAAAAGGAUGCUGAAUCCUUUAAGGAGUAUGCACAACGAUGGAGAGAGCUUGCUUCUCAAGUGGAACCUCCUCUUCAUGAUAAGGAAAUGGUGGCAAUGUUUGUGAACAUGUUGCAACCACCAUUCUGUGAGCACAUGGUAGGGAAUGUAUCCUCAAAUUUUUCUGAUAUCAUCAUCAUAGGUGAAAGGAUAAAGAUUGGGCUAAAAAAUGGAAAAAUUACAUAUAGCCCGCUUGCGGCUACAACUCCUAAAAAGCCCGAUUUCAGUCUUGGGAAGAAGAUGGAAGUAGAGGUGCACGCAGCAUCAACAAUACCUAAGUGGGAAAAUCAGACUCUUGCUUACCAAGCACAAUCUCUACAAUAG